CAUUAAUAUUUAUUCAACUAAAUUGGGAUGUGGAGUUUGAUUGCAACAACUUAGAUAAUUCGAGUGACACAUUGUAACAAAUUAAAGUUUAAGGAUCAAAUCGUAUCCCUGCCCGAUGGGUCUACAUUCAUCCCUGAAUGUCGUCGGGUACUCUUCACUUCCCCGCCAUUCUUGUAACCGUCACCUGUCAUCCGCGCAGGUGUGUCCGCACCCCCUGGAGUGGACGAGAAAGAAAGGAUUUCUCGGAGCAACCCCCCUGGUUCCAGACCCAGGAGUUCACUUUCCCGUAUGAGCAUUCGAUGGGUCGUCUGAGGGUUCGCCGCGGUUCAUUGCUGUGCUUACACACUAGGCUACCCUUCUCCGAAAGCUCCGCGGGACCACCUAUCACUAGUCUUCGGCCGGAGGGGUUUAUUGCAAAAAGGCCGGGACGCCGGCUCCCGCAGAGGGAAGCCCAACGAAUGUCAGAUGCAAAGCCCCGCACCUCAUUAAGAUCAUAUUGGCAUACUCUCCCAAAAAAAAAAGAGCUCUCAUGGUUUGAGACCAAAAUUGUAAUUUAG